AAGUCACAUAGCUCACUCCGAAACAAGAAGUGCGCCAUAAUACCUGCCUUUCUCUGUCUUUCUAUUUCUUUGACUCUCUCUCUCUCUCUCUCUGUGCAAGCUCUUUGUGGGGGUGUCAAUGGCGGAUCUGAAGUCAACAUUUCUGAAGGUAUACUCGGUUCUGAAAUCAGAGCUCCUUGAAGACCCUGCUUUUGAGUGGACAGAUGAUUCUCGUCAAUGGGUCGAGCGGAUGCUGGACUACAAUGUGCCUGGAGGAAAGUUGAACCGGGGGUUGUCUGUUAUUGACAGCUACAAAUUGUUGAAAGAAGGAAAGGAACUAACUGAAGAGGAAAUUUUUCUUGCUAGCUCUCUUGGUUGGUGUAUCGAAUGGCUUCAGGCCUAUUUUCUUGUUCUUGAUGACAUCAUGGAUAACUCUCACACACGGCGCGGUCAACCUUGCUGGUUCAGAUUGCCUAAGGUUGGUUUGAUUGCAGCAAAUGAUGGGAUUAUACUCAGAAAUCAUAUCCCGAGGAUCCUGAGGAAACACUUCAGGAAUAAGCCAUACUAUGUAGAUCUGCUUGAUCUGUUUAACGAGGUGGAGUUUCAGACUGCUUCAGGACAAAUGAUAGAUUUGAUUACUACAAUUGAAGGAGAGAAAGAUCUAUCCAAAUACACGUUGUCACUUCACCGCCGCAUUGUUCAAUACAAAACUGCCUAUUACUCAUUUUACCUUUCGGUUGCAUGUGCAUUGCUUAUGUCGGGUGAGCAACUGGACAACCAUAUUGAUGUGAAGAACAUUCUCGUGGACAUGGGGAUUUACUUUCAAGUACAGGAUGAUUAUUUGGAUUGCUUUGGUGAUCCUGAAACAAUUGGCAAGAUAGGAACAGACAUUGAAGAUUUUAAGUGCUCUUGGUUGGUGGUAAAAGCACUGGAACUUUGCAAUGAGGAACAAAAGAAAGCGUUACAUGAGAAUUAUGGCAAACCAGACCUGGCAAAUGUUGCAAAAGUAAAGGCCCUCUAUAAGGAGCUUGAUCUUCAGGGUGUAUUUGCGGAAUAUGAGAGCAAGAGCUAUGAGAAGCUGGUUACCUCUAUUGAAGCUCAUCCAAGCAAAGCAGUGCAAGCAGUGUUGAAAUCAUUCUUGGGUAAAAUCUACAAGAGGCAAAAAUAGAGGAUCAGUGAAGAACCAGGACAGAGACAAAAGGGUGGAAUAUGCAGAAUAUUCCCAGUCUUCUUAUUCUGAUUUGUAUUUCCAAUCAAAGAAGAAUAAUGUUGUUGUAUCCUAUUCUUAAAAACAUCUUAAUGCUGCUGGUUUUGCUUGGUUUUGUUUCUACUAUCAAAUAAAUCUUUGUAGUUCCUAACUUUCGAUUUGUAAUGUUGAUUUGUGAAUGGCUAGUAAAUUUAUUACAUAAUCA